AUGCGGAAGUCAGGAGCUGGUUGUGAUCGUCGCGGUCGGCGCCAGCUGGUCGGCUCCCUCUUCCUCGCGGCGAUGGGCGGCGAGCCUCCCGCCCACCCCCACCGGCGAACGGAGAUGGCCCGCCUGGCGGAGCGGAGUCUCCCCAACACCCCCUUCUCACUUUACCCCGACGAGCCCGACCGCAGCUGGCAGCCCCCGCCAGGCAAGCGUCGGGGCGAGGCCGAUCAAUACGACAACGGCAACCCUGUCACCCCAGAGGAGCCCGAGUCUCUACCAGUGCGGCGGCGAACACCAAAACAGGCUCUCUCUCACCUUGAUAAUGCCGCUCAGGCCGUGAAGGAGGAAUCACCCUUUCGUUUCUCACGUCAGAGAUGUAAGCAACCACCAUUUGAGAAACCAGAAGAGAGUGUUUCAAGACCACGAUCAGCCCCAAGUCCAUUGAAACGUAGUCAUCUCUCACUAGGUUCACUUAGUCCAGUGGAAGAACCACCAAAGGAACGUCUAAUUCCACCACCUAUGGUGAAAAAACCGUUGCGUACUGGUCGUCGUCAUACUCCUGCACCACGUUCAGCCAGUGCUAAAGAGAGACGAAUAGGUAUUAGAAUGGUAUCGCCUCCACAUCACUGGGACACUGCUGCAAAUCGGCAUGAAUCUCACUUUAUAUUUGGUGUUGAUGCGUAUGAGUCUCCUGAUGUUAAAUAUAGAAAUCAGAGUAAUUGGUCUGUAGGUUACGCAUCCUCAGACUCUACAAAAUUGUCCCAGAAAAGUUCAUAUAAUGGUAAUAUGAAGAGAUAUAAGGGACAAGAAAGUAUUAACCAUCCGCAAGAAAUUAUUAGAAGAGGAAGAGGACGUAGUGCAACACCAAGACGACGUGAAUAUAAUAUUAUAUCUUUAAUGCCGUACUGA